UUAUUUGAUUCAAUUCAAUUCAAGCUUUAUACAUACAGUUCAUUCUAAUAAUAUAACGCCAUCUCUUUUCAUUGAAAAUGUCUUCUUCCUCAUCAUCUUCUUCUUCAUCAUCAGAUGAAGCAAAGUUCCAUGUUCUUGCAGUGGAUGAUAGCGUCAUUGAUCGAAAGCUCAUUGAGAGGCUCCUUAAAACCUGCUCUUAUCAAGUGACGGCGGUGGAGUCGGGAAUGAAGGCGAUGGAGGUUUUGGGGAAGGAGAUAGAGGGGGUGAAUUUGAUCAUAACGGACUACAGCAUGCCGGGGAUGACGGGGUACGAGCUCCUUAGGAAGGUGAAGGGAUGUUCCUCCCUGAGGGACAUCCCGGUGGUGAUCAUGUCGUCCGAGGAUUUGCCCUCCCGGAUCGACCGGUGCCUCCAGGAUGGCGCCGAGGAGUUCUUCCUCAAGCCGGUCCGCCAAUCCGACGUCAACAAACUCAGGUCUCAUCUCAUCAGGAGACCUAGCUCUGCUGUAGCUGCUGCUGCUGAAGCAGAAGAAGUUUCUUCUUUGCAGCCACAGCAACAGCAGAACUGUCGGAAGAGAAAGGCCGCCGCUGUCCUUUUGGAAGAAAGUUGCGGCCUUUCCUCCGUCCAAUCGACAAAGACGAUAAGACGAUAAACUGACGGACCAAUUUGAAUUUAACCGGUUCACCACGCGGUUUAUGGUGAAGAUUAAAGAAUGGCUAUGGAACAUUAUUCCACAGCACACGUAUAUGUAUGCUGCUGCUGGAAAAUGGAUUCUUUUUUUUCAAAAGGAAGUUUAGUUAAUACGGAGUGCUUAAGUUUGGACCAAAGCUAUAUGAGUAAAUUGUUUCACUUAUCCUCCGGAUUAAUUAUGAAACUCAUUUGAUACAAGUAGUAAUCUUCUUCGGUUUCAUCUCACAAUUAGUAAGCCCACACUUCCGUUUAAUCUUAUUAAUUACUCAUCCCUUCCAAAAAAUAUAUGCUGUUGAUUUUG